AUCAUGUGGACCGUCAUCGUGGUUUUCGUGCUUCUGACUGCUGGAAACAGAGCACAGAACUAUGACAACAAUCUGGAAGGCAUUUUGUUUCGUCUUUGUCCAGAUAAACACGCUGUGUCUCAGAUUAAAAGCUCCCACACUGACAAUGAUCGCCAGUGGAAGAUUGAAUGCAAGCCUUUAGACGCUACAUUAAAAUGCUCCUGGUCGGGUUUCUACAAAUCAUAUGAGCAAGAACUGAGCUUCAACUGCCCGGCCAAUCACGUGGUUGCUGGCGUUUUCAGCGAUUACAACAACGCAUACGGAGACAGAAGAUGGAAUUUCUACUGCUGCACUGCUCCAAAACUGAUCACAUUUGAAUGCCGGGAAACCCCAAAGGUCAACUACUGGAAUGAAGACUUCAACUGGUGGGUCCCCGGAGACAACUUCCUAACAGGCAUCCAGAGCCACAACAACAAUAACAACGGAGAUCAUCGCUGGAGUUUCAGUUACUGCAGAGGAACAACACUAGAUGCCCAGACGAUCAGUUCACAAAUCCUUACUGCAAACAGUCCAAUGAAAAGCCUUUUUACUGAAGGAGAUGUUGUUGUCCCAAGAACAAGGAAUGCAAGAAUCUGUUAUAACUGCAAAUGGCCAAAGUCAAGUGGGCUGGUUCGAGUGCCAUACACCGUAAGUGAUUCCUUUACCAGCUCCGAGAAGAUCAAAAUUGACAAGGCAAUCAGUGCCUUCCACUUGAGCACCUGCGUUCGCUUCGUUCCUCAUAUUGGCCAGACCACCUACAUCAGCGUCGUGAAAAAGUCUGGAUGUUGGUCACUAGUUGGAAAAACUGGAGGCUCUCAACAACUGUCUCUUGGUAAUGGAUGCGUUCAAAACGGCAUCAUUCAGCAUGAGCUCAUUCAUGCGCUCGGCUUCUGGCACGAGCAAAGUAGAACUGACAGGGACAUUUAUGUCAAGAUCCACUAUGAAAACAUCAAGACCGGACAAGAAAGAAACUUCGAACAACUGGAAACAAACAACCUCAAUGUACCUUACGACUACACCUCUGUUAUGCAUUACGGACCAAAGGACUUCUCAAAGAAUGGAGGAGACACCAUCUCUUCCCUGACACCCACAGAGAAAAUAGGCCAGAGGAUCGGCAUGUCAGAAAAUGACAUUCUGAAAAUCAACAAGCUCUACGGCUGCAAGGAUUACCUACAUAAGAACGGCGAGUGGGACAAUGAGCUCGGCGGCGUUUUGAGUCGCCAGUGUCCUUCUGGCCAAGCUGUGUCCGGCAUCACCAGCUCCCACAAACACAAAGACCAAAAUGAUCGACUCUGGGGGAUUUCGUGCAAGGCUUUCAAGGCUACCAGGACAUGCCGCUGGUCAAGUUAUGCGAAUGAAUAUUGGGGACCCAUGGACUUCAAAUGCGCACACAACGAAGUGAUCGCAGGGGUCUACAGCGUACACAGCAACAUCAUGGGGGACAGGAGGUGGAAGUUUUACUGCUGCAGUAACUCCGGAUCUGCCACGUUCAACUGCAAAGACGAACCGGUGAUCAACUACUGGGAGGAAUCCUUCAGCUGGCAGGUCGCCAGCAGCAACUUCCUAACGGGAGUGAAGAGCUCUUUUAACAGCCAAACGUAG